AUGAGUACCACCCCUACCAGCCCAGAGCCUGGCCCCGAAGCCAAGUUGUCCAAGGCUCAUACGCAGCGAGCGCGAUGGGCAACUCGAAAGAUGACCGUCAAGAGCAGCAGCCAUAAGCGGCUUUCGCUCCUGAACCGCAUGCAGCAGCACCACCAGCAGCACCACCAGCACAAACGAACACAAUCCGAAAAGAGCCCUUCCGCAGGCGACGGCAACGAGGCACCUGAAGCUGGUCCCCCCUCCCCUCAUGCUGACGAGCACGGCAAUCAGCAAGUCGCCGACGAGGACGAGUCUGACGAGGAACAAGAUUCGACCCGGAUGCUGUAUUUCAACCUGCCUCUUCCCGACAACCUGCUCGACGACGGCACACCAAUCCAAACGUUUAGUCGCAAUAAAAUAAGGACCGCAAAAUACACACCCUUGUCCUUCAUUCCCAAAAACCUGUGGUUCCAGUUCCACAACGUGGCCAACAUCUUCUUCUUGUUCCUAGUCAUCUUGGUUAUCUUCCCCAUCUUUGGCGGGGUAAACCCGGGAUUGAGUGCUGUGCCAUUGAUCUUCAUCAUUGUCAUCACAGCUGUCAAAGACGCGGUUGAAGAUUAUAGAAGAACCAUCCUGGACAUAGAGUUGAACAAUGCACCCGUACAUAAACUGCACAACUGGCACAACGUCAACGUACGAGAAGACAACGUGUCCACCUGGAGACGGUUCAAAAAGGCCAACUCGCGCUUUUUCGGCGCCAUGUGGCAUGCCAUUGAAAGCCUGUGGUCAAAGAAGGCGCGGAAACUCCGGGCCGAGCGCAAGCAGCAGAAGCUGUAUCCCCAACUGGAAAAUGAAGGCCGCCCUUCGAUCGAGACCAUGCGAACUCGAAGAUCAAUCCGCGAUUCUCUCGCCUCUCCCUUUGGCCAUCGCGAGUCCUUUAUCGACGCUCGCGAGGAUAUUCAAAUGACACCGGUGCCCUCGCCAACACCGGCCAACGGUGUUCCUCGUAUCCAGUUUCCUGACGAGGAGGAUGCCAAGCGAGCGGUUGCUGUUCAGAACAUGAACUUUGACGUGAUAAACUACAUGAAGCCGAGCCAAGGUGCCCGAUUUAAGAAAGACACCUGGAAGGGCAUCCAAGUCGGUGACUUUGUGCGCAUCUACAAUGACGACGAAUUGCCGGCCGACAUCAUCAUUCUGUCCACGUCUGAUCCUGACGGUGCCUGCUACGUCGAGACCAAAAACUUGGAUGGUGAAACCAAUCUCAAGGUCCGGCAGGCUCUUCGCUGCGGCCGGUCGAUCAAGCAUGCCCGUGACUGCGAGAGAGCCGAAUUCAGGAUCGAGAGCGAGGGCCCGCAUCCCAAUCUGUACAAAUACAACGGAGCCAUCCUUUGGAAACAAGUGGUUCCCGGCUAUACAGAGGACGAGCUCGAGGACAUGACGGAACCAAUCACAAUCGACAACCUCUUGCUCCGAGGCUGCAACUUGCGCAACACGGAAUGGAUCCUGGGCGUCGUCGUCUUCACCGGCCACGAUACGCGCAUCAUGAUGAAUGCCGGCAUUACCCCAAGCAAGCGUGCAAGAAUCGCCAGAGAAUUGAACUUCAACGUCAUCUGCAAUUUCUUCAUUCUCCUCGUCAUGUGCCUGCUUGCGGCGAUUGUCAACGGUGUUGCCUGGGCCAAGACGGACGCUUCUCUGCACUUCUUUGAGUUCGACCUCAUUGGCGGAACUGCCCCCAUGACUGGCUUCAUCACGUUCUGGGCAGCCAUUAUCCUUUUCCAGAACUUGAUUCCCAUCUCCCUCUACAUCACCCUGGAAAUCAUCAGGACACUCCAGGCCAUCUUCAUCUUCAGCGACAUCAACAUGUAUUACGAGCCGAUUGACCAGCCCUGCAUUCCCAAGUCAUGGAACAUAUCCGACGACGUUGGCCAGAUCGAGUACAUCUUUUCCGACAAGACCGGCACGCUGACCCAGAAUGUCAUGGAGUUCAAAAAGGCGACAAUCAACGGGCAGCCCUACGGCGAAGCCUACACCGAGGCUCAGGCAGGCAUGCAGAAGCGAAUGGGCGUCGACGUCGCCAAGGAAGGGGCUCGCAUCCAAGCCGAAAUUGCCGAGGCCAAGGUACGGUCCCUAGAAGGGCUGCGCAGGAUCAACGACAACCCCUAUCUCCACGACGACGCACUCACCUUUAUUGCUCCGGACUUCGUCUCGGACCUGGCGGGGGAACACGGGCAUGUGCAGCAGUCGGCAAUCGAGGAGUUCAUGCUCGCUCUGGCGCUCUGCCACACCGUCAUUGCCGAGAAGGCCCCGGGCGACCCGCCGAGGAUGACGUUCAAGGCCCAGUCUCCCGAUGAGGAAGCUCUCGUCGCCACUGCUCGCGACAUGGGCUUCACCGUCCUCGGCCACUCCAACGACGGCAUCGACGUCAAUGUCAUGGGCGAGGAGCGUCACUACCCCAUACUAAACACCAUCGAGUUCAACUCGAGCCGAAAACGCAUGAGCUCCAUCGUGCGCAUGCCGGACGGCAGGAUUGUCCUGUACUGCAAGGGGGCCGACUCGGUCAUAUACGCUCGGCUGAAACGAGGGGAGCAGCAGCAGCUGAGGCGCGAGACGGCGGAACACCUGGAAAUGUUUGCUCGCGAAGGUUUGCGCACCCUGUGCAUUGCCCGCAAGGAUCUCACCGAGCAGGAAUACCGCGAGUGGAAGAGGGAACACGACGCUGCCGCCUCGGCCCUGGAGAAUCGCGAAGAGAAGCUGGAGGAAGUGGCUGGGCUGAUUGAGCAGCAUCUCUACCUCCUGGGUGGCACAGCUAUCGAGGAUCGUCUUCAAGACGGUGUGCCCGACACCAUUGCCCUUCUCGCCAAGGCUGGCAUCAAGCUCUGGGUCCUGACGGGCGACAAGGUGGAGACGGCCAUCAACAUUGGAUUCUCUUGCAAUCUUCUCAACAACGACAUGGAGCUGAUCCACUUGAGGGUCGACGAGGACGAGAGCGGUGAGACUGCGGACGAAACCUUGCUCGAGAGCGUCGAGAAACAGCUGGACCAGCAGCUUGGAGUCUUUGGGCUGACUGGUAGCGACGAGGACCUCGCUCUGGCAAAGAAGAGCCACGAGCCGCCGGGUCCGACUCACGGCAUCGUCAUUGACGGCUUCACCCUUCGUUGGGCGCUCAGCGACGGCCUGAAGCAAAAGUUCCUGCUGCUCUGCAAGCAGUGCCGAUCGGUCCUCUGCUGCCGCGUCAGCCCCGCUCAAAAAGCCGCCGUCGUGGCCAUGGUCAAGAAUGGGCUGGACGUCAUGACGCUGUCCAUCGGUGACGGGGCAAACGACGUGGCCAUGAUUCAGGAAGCCGAUGUCGGGGUUGGAAUCGCGGGGUUGGAAGGUCGCCAGGCAGCCAUGUCCUCUGAUUACACGAUUGCCCAGUUCCGCUUCCUCCAGAGGCUGGUGCUGGUUCACGGACGAUGGUCGUACCGAAGACUGGCGGAGAGCAUCAGCAAUUUCUUCUACAAGAACAUGGUCUGGACCUUUGCCAUUUUCUGGUACGAGAUAUUCUGCGAUUUCGACAUGACGUACCUCUUUGACUACACGUACAUUCUCAUGUUCAACCUGUUCUUCACGUCUGUACCCGUGGCCAUCAUGGGUGUUCUGGACCAGGAUGUGUCAGACACGGUCUCCCUCGCCGUGCCAGAACUGUAUCGCCGGGGCAUCGAAAGACUUGAGUGGACGCAGAAAAAGUUUUGGCUGUACAUGAUUGACGGUGUCUACCAAUCCGUCAUGGUCUUCUUCAUCCCGUACCUGCUGUUUGUCCCCGGCAGGCCGGUGACUCUUGGCGGGCUCGGACUCGAGGACAGAGUGCGGUUCGGCGCCUACAUUGCUCACCCCGCCAUUCUGGCCAUCAACGGGUACAUCCUGAUCAACACGUACCGAUGGGACUGGCUCAUGCUUCUUAUUGUGAUCAUCAGCGACGUGUUCAUCUUCUUCUGGACGGGAAUCUACAGCUCCUUCACAUCAUCAGGCUUCUUCUACCACACGGCCGCGCAGGUUUACGGAGAAGCGACAUUCUGGGCCGUCUUCUUCAUCGUCCCGGUCAUCUGCCUCUUUCCUCGAUUCGCCAUCAAGGCGCUUCAGAAGGUGUACUGGCCUUAUGACGUCGACAUUGUCCGGGAGCAGGAGCUGAUGGGCAAGUUCUCCCACCUGCAGCAAGAGUUCUGCUCGGAUGCUGCCAGCGAAACAGCGUCAAGCAGAAGGUCGGGGUCCGAGAGCUCCAGGAGAGCACGGAGAUGCAAGCGCGUGACGUACGGCAGCGUCGACGAGGACCUGCGACCAAUCUAUCCGCCGUCGACCGCCACUCGAACCACCACGCACAACCGGACCCAAAACGGCAGCGACUCGACAAACUUUACCGCCAACCGCAUGUCGCUGGAAGUCCCCACGCACGGCCGCCCCUCGAUAGACCGAGCGCGGCCAUCCUAUGACCGGAUACGUGCCUCGAUGGACCGCGUGCGCCCAAGCUUCGAGGCUAGCAACGACUUCACCUCGGCGGCCCGGUUGUCACGGAUAGAGUCCAGCCAAUCGCAAGGCCUGGGUUCCGGCGGACGAUUCAGAACAAGGCUUCGCGGACUGUCAUUAACCAAGAACGCCUAA